CUCCAUAUAUACCCCUAUACAAACACACAUAUACAUACAUAUAUAUAUAUCUAGAGAGAGAGAGGAGAGAGAGAGAUUAGCUUAGAUCAGAUCAAUGGGGAGGCAGCCUUGUUGUGACAAAUUGGGAGUGAAGAAGGGGCCAUGGACAAGUGAGGAAGACAAGAAGCUCAUCAACUUUAUCCUCACCAAUGGUCAGUGUUGCUGGCGAGCCGUCCCGAAGCUCGCUGGCCUCCGCCGCUGCGGCAAAAGUUGCCGCCUCCGGUGGACCAACUAUCUUCGACCCGACUUGAAGCGCGGCCUUCUAACCCUAGCCGAGGAGCAGCUCGUCAUCGAUCUCCACGAGCGUCUCGGCAACAAGUGGUCUAAAAUCGCUGCAAGAUUGCCGGGAAGAACAGACAACGAGAUCAAGAAUCACUGGAACACUCACAUAAAAAAGAAGCUCAUAAAAAUGGGGAUCGAUCCAAUCACCCACAAACCCCUUCACAAGGAAGAACCCGAAAAUGCAAAGUCUCACACAUCCGAAAACUUCCCCGAAUCGAUUAAAUCCGGGCCGGGAGAAACACAAAACCCUAAUACUAACAAUGCCAACCAAGAGGAAAAUUCUCGUGCCCUAGCCGAUCAAAAUAGCUCCUCCGAAGAACUCGCGGGCAAUAAUCUCUACGAAAAUGACCCUUUGAUAAGCUGCCUUUUCCACGACGAUGCCCAGGAUAAUCAAAUCCAGGUGCCAUGGGAAUUUCCAACCACAAAUUUCACCGAUUUCGACGCCUUUUGGGAUGAGAAUUGUGCGUGGUUGCUCGAUUAUCAAGACUUGUCGAUUCAUGAUUUUGGCUUCGAAAGCUCCUCAAAGGUCGAAACGAGUGUCUUAACACCCUUGAACAUGGAAAACAACUUAUGAGUUCCCGAGAAAUCGAAUGAAAAAAAAAACGGGGAAAAAAAAAAAGAUCGAAUAAAAACCCUAAUGAAGAAAAGA